AUUAAUAAAUGGGCAAUAAAAGGCGGCAACCCUUUAAUUAAAAGUUUGACAGCUAGGCCACUAAUCCCCGUAUUACUCUUCUAGUGUAUCUAUGGACGUCCAGGACAUCCAACUUUUGUGCCAAAGAUUUCUUGUCCUGUCGUUCAUCAUAACACAAAUCCUACAUUUUACGACGAGAUCAAACUGCGGCUUCCACUAAACAUUACCACCCAACAUCACAUUUUGUUCUCAUUUGUACAUGUUUCGUGUGAUAUGUCCAAGAAACGCGAUACGGGUGCGUCAUUCGAAAAUCCAGUCGGCUACAGUUGGUUGCCGUUGUUGGCGAAAGGAAAAAUUAACAUUGACGAGCAAUGUAUACCUGUUGCUGCCACGUUGCCACCUGGAUAUCUAGCCAUUCAACCGUUGGGGUUGGGAAAAGGGCAGAACGCUGGACCGGACAUUCAAUGGAUCGAUAAUCAAAAACCGCUGUUUUCCGUUACAUUUAAACUGAAUUCAACUGUUCUGACAACCGAUCAGCAUCUGCACAAUUUGUUCUCGCACACAGAACGGAUACUACAGCAGCCAAAGACAUCUGCCAUUCCUGCCGAAACGGAAACAUGCAAAAUUCUUAAAGCAGCACAUGCGAUUCAUUUGUCAGCCGUCAUAACAUUUUUGCCAACCAUCUUGAAUCAACUCUUUACGUUGCUUGUUAACACGACAAGUGACGAGAUUGGACUGAAUGUUAUUCGUUUGAUCAUCAAUUUGAUUCACACGAUAUCCGAGGAGGCAUACCGCAAGGAGCUACUAUCAUCUUAUGUAAAGUAUGUCUUUCAAACGACAUCUUUUGAGCAGAAGAAUCAAGGCAGUCCCAAUUCGAUGAACACCGUGCAUGGUGAACUAUGCAAACACUUGCCUACUCUACUUCAUCCAAACAACACCGACUUCUUGAUCAUCAACAAAUUUAUGAAAUACUCGAGCACCUUCUUUGACAUUAUCAUCAAAAGCAUGGCCCAGCAUUUAAUUGGAACGGGUCGGAUACGGAUGCAUCGAAACGAACGAUUUCCGAAGGAUUAUUCCGCAAAAAUUGAAUCUCUGUUCCUCGUUCUCGUUCCAUAUUUGUUCUCCCGACACAAAGAUUUGCCGCUGGAAACAGAACUGCUGAACAAAAGUCUAUCGAUAUUCAUCAAAAGGUGUCUGACCUUCAUGGACAGAGGAUUCGUUUUUAAACUGAUGAGACUGUACAUGAAUCAGUUCUCAACUGGCGACCCUCGCACAUUGUACGAGUACAAAUUUUCAUUUUUGCAAGAAAUCUGUGCACAUGAACACUAUGUCCCGCUGAAUUUGCCAUUUUUAUUGAGCCCACGGCGACCACCAGAUGUUUUGCAACACUUCACACUGUCCGAAGAGUUUUGUCAGCAGCAUUUCUUGACUGCCUUACUAAUGCAAGAGGUUAAAAGUUCCUUGAAUGAAGUCAGUCAUAUUCGACGUCUAGCGCUGCAAACGUUGAAAGAACUUAUAGCCAAACAUGAUCUCGAUGAUCGCUAUCAAAAUAAGGGACAAUUAGCUCGAAUCGCAAUGCUAUACAUUCCCUGGCUGGGAAUAGUACUCGAAAAUCUGAAUCGAAUCUCCGAUGGUCGAGAAAACAAACGCACCGACUCUACAUCAAUCAUGUCAAAUCGAAUAUCUAGCAGCAGUAGCUACGUUUUUGCUCGAGAUUCAACACCUGCCAUAAGUCACCACAAUUCAAUUGUGUCGAAUUCCAGUACGCCAAAGAUUCGCAACCGUUUAACGUUGAACUUUGAUCACCCCAGUCCCGUGCGCGCAUCGUUACACUUAAAAGACAAUGGUUAUUUGGCUGUUAUUGCCGGUCAAAAGUUAACCAACGGCCAUUCGCACACAUCCUUGGACUCGGAAAGUUCAAAUCAAUCGCAGGAUACGACCAUCAUUCGGCGGAAUCCUGACUAUGAUUCCAGUAUACGUCCAUCCCACAAUCGUUCAAUCAGUGUCACUCAACCGUCUGUCAUACCAAGACUGGACAAAUUCUCGCCGAGUGAAACGAAAGACAUGCUGAUUUGUUUCCUGUUUGUUAUCAAGCAUUUAUCACCCGAUCAAAUGGCGAUGUGGUGGCAGAACUGUACCGAAAGUGAAACGGUGUCCUUUUUCACCGUACUCGAGAUGUGUCUUAUCUAUUUCCGAUAUGUUGGUAAGAAGAACAUAGCCGUAAAUGAAAAAAGUAAUGACAUCAAAACUCGAGCCACUAAAGCGAGUACAUUACCUGCCCGAAUGGUGCCACCGACGUCCGAGUCUGUAAAUAAUUUACACGACACUGGCACAUUGACCCACGCUCAAAAUCGACAAUGUCUUCUGGAAGAAGCUUCAAGAUCCUUUCAAGCGUUAAAAGAAUCGAAUUUCGCAACUGAAAUGGGACUGACGAUUUUGGAUUGCAUUGGUCUGUACACACUUCAGUUUCGCGACAAAAUGCUCGAUGGGAUAGUGUUACCAAAACUCCUGCGAGUUUAUUUAAAAUUCCUUCAAUUGGGACAAUCGGAAACGUUGUCCAAACACGUUUUUGCAUCGCUUCGCGCAUUCAUCAAUAACUUCUCGCCGGCACUAUUUAAAGGGAAUGCAAUUCUUUGUGGCCAGUUGGUAUUCGAACUGUUGAAAUGCUGUGAUAGUCGGCUGGCGAGUCUUCGUCAGGAAUCCUGUGCCGUUCUGUAUCUUCUAAUGCGAAGUAACUUCGAGUUCAGUGGACGAAAGGGUUUGACCAGAGUACAUUUGCAAGUUAUAAUUUCGGUUUCACAGAUGCUUGGCAACGUAAUUGGCUUAAAUAAUGCCCGAUUUCAGGAAUCCCUAUCUCUCAUAAACAGCUACGCAACAAGUGACAAAGCAAUGAGAGGAACUGGUUUCCCGUUGGAAGUUAAAGAUCUGACGAAACGCGUACGAACGGUUCUAAUGGCUACCGCUCAGAUGCAAGCUCACCAUAUGGACCAAGUAAAAUUAUUGGAGCUGCAAUACUCACUGGCUAAUUCAUAUGCCUCCACACCUGAACUACGUCACACCUGGCUAGUCACAAUGGGUCGGAAUCACGAACAGAAUGGGAAUAUUUCGGAAGCAGCAUGCUGUAAUUUGCACAUCGCCGCAUUAAUGGCAGAAUAUUUGAAAUUACGCGGCGGUGGUUUCAUAAAAUGGGGUGCUGAGUCAUUUGACCGGAUUUCCAGUAAUAUUUCGCGAGACGAGAAAGGUUUAAAAUUGGACAGUGGAGCACAGGAUUCGAAUCAGUACACCGAGCAAAUGUUGCUCGAUCAGUUGAAGGAAUGUGCAGAGUAUUUGGACCGUGCCGAACGAUUGGAAUGUUUAGGUGAACUGUAUCGGUUGAUCAUUCCGAUACUCGAGAAUCGGCGUGACUACCUCGGCUUGGCACAAUGCUAUUCGCAUUUGGAACAGGCCUACAACAAAGUGACCGAAUUCAAUAGAUCGGGUAAACGGUUGCUUGGUCGAUUCUAUAGAGUCGUAUUUUAUGGGCAGCUUUACUUCGAAGGCGACAGUGGCGUUGAGUAUGUGUAUAAAGAACCGAAAAUUACGUCGUUAAGCGAAAUUUCUGAGCGAUUGCAUAAACAAUACCGCGACAAGUUUGGUGCGGAAAAUGUGAAAAUGAUUAUGGACUCGUCACCGGUAAAUCCGUCCUCGUUAGAUCCAUCGAAAGCUUAUUUGCAAGUAACCCAUGUCAUACCAUAUUUCUGCAAGGACGAAUUGGAGUCUCGUCAGAAUGAGUUCGAGCAAAACCAUGAUGUUGAUACGUUCAUGUUCGAAACACCAUUCACUAAAAACGGUACAGCCCGUGGAUCGGUUGAGGAACAAUGGAAACGACGAACAAUACUACGAACUCUGUACUCGUUUCCCUAUGUUCUCCAACGUAUUGCGAUCAAAGACAAGCAGUUCAUUGAACUGACACCGAUUGAAGUAGCUGUUGAUGAAAUGCAAAAUCGUGUGUCCGAGCUGGAAGAGGUGGUCCUUCCACCGAUUGAUGUGAAAAAGUUGCAGCUAAGAUUGCAAGGAAGUGUUGCGGUUCAGGUCAAUGCUGGACCGUUAGCAUACGCAACAGCAUUUCUGGAACCACAGCGAUCGAUGCAGUAUCCCAGUGAUAAAGUGGAAGAUUUGAAGGAAGUCUUCAGAGAAUUUGUGAGCAUCUGUAACACAGCUCUGCAAGUAAAUGGUCGAAUGAUCUCGUCCGAUCAACGUGAAUAUCAUUCAGCCUUACAGGACAACUACAAUAAACUGUGCAGUGCAUUGACCGAUUUACUGAACGAAUCUUUUCUACCGGUCGAUGAGUCCGGUAUCAACGCACACCGCAACAGCAUUGCAUUGUUCAGUGCCAUCAGCGGUGCUCCGAGUAACUCGAGUACAGCAUAAGGCUUAGGAUUAAAAAAGUUUACAUUAUGAUAAUGUGUAUGGGUCAUGGACUGAGAUUUUUUGUUUUGUUAUUAUAACGAUCGUUAUACGGUGACCGAUAGAUAGCAUAGUUAAACUAUGGACAUAUUGUAGCUUAUUAUGAUGUAGGUAAACGUUAAUUGAUUGACUAAUUGAAAGAAAAUUUGCGCAUUUAUAAUAAUCAACAGACCUCAUUUACACGAAAUAGAUGUUUACAUAA